AUCUCUAUCUCUUCUCCUCUUAUUAUGAACUUGUUUAUUUAUUUUCUGAACUUGUAGGAUUUAUGUUUUUAAACUUAUAUUUUAUGUUUGAGGAUGCUUAUUAUUUCUUAUGCUUGGUUGUCUAACAGAGCUAACAUUAGGCAACGAACUUCGAGUUUGACUCCAAGCACAUGCAAAAAAUUUUGUGCUUCGCCAUCGAUCGAUAUGGAGAGUAUUACAUCGGUCGAUUCUGGGCGAGUAACAUCGAUCGAUAUGGAGAGGAUUACAUCGAUCGAUGUGUAGUACGGAUAGGUACCCGACAUUCCUGCAUCGUAAAACAACAGAAGCUCUAAGGGAGAUAGAAUUGUAGCAGUAUAUAAGACACGUCAUGGUAAAAUCACAGACUAUUUGGAGACAUCUUUAGUAUGGGAGGAAACGCGGGUUCUUUGUUUAGACCAUGACUGUGAAGGUUUCCAACGACCAUCAGCUCCAAGUGGAGCAACAUGCUUUCUUUUCAUAGGAUAUUGGUGUAUCAUGAAGUAAAAAAUGCUCAUUGGGUUUCAAAAAUGGAUUCCAACUACAGCACAUGUCAAAUAAUGGGUUAUUCUUCUACAAACAUACACUUUGACUAUGAUGGACAAUAUGCGAAAUCUGGAGAUGAUUAUGAAUGGAUUCCAAGCGAUGGUCGUUUGUAUGGUAUAUCCUUUAAGACAUCAUCAUUGGAUGAGAUCACUUAUUCUUGUUUGAAGGAGAGGAUAUGCAAGAAGAAGAGCAUAGAUCCGUGUUUAAAGAGGAUGAAUCUGAGUUACAUUCCACUGGUAGUAGAACAUAAGAGGCAAUCAUAUAUUUUGGAUGAUGAAGAUGUGUAUGUGUAUCUGACAUCAGUGUAUAAAGAGGGAAGAAGAAGUAUUUUGCAUGUAGAGGUCAUCGAAGAUAUGGAAAUAGUUCCAGUAAUGGAGCAACAAUCAGUAGUUGAGAAAGAAAGCUCAUAUGGUGGGAACUAUAGUGAGCUUGCGAGUGGAUUACCCGAAGUUGAAGGUAAUCAGGGUGCACUCACUCUAUUUCCUCGCAUUGAAAAAGCAGAACUAUAUCUGCCGGGGGCUGAACGGGUGGAGAAUGUUGUUAUAAAUGGAGAAGCCGACGAAAGGGGCAUUAAUGUUGUUAAUGGAGAAGCCGGCGAAGGGGGCAUUAAUAUUGUUAAUGGACAAGCCGGCGAAGGAGGCGUGGACAGUGAGGGCGACGUGGAUAACUCUAUGGGUGUUCGUCCUAGUUCGUACUAUGUUGAGCUCCCACGUGUUGCAAAAGAAAAUCCAGUGGUUAAAGAGUGGGAAGAUGGUUUGGGUCUUCAGUUGUUUCAAGAAUUUGAGAGUAAAGAAGCUGUGAAAGAUAUUAUUGAUAGAGCAUCACAGGAGAACUGUUUCGGAAUCAGUAUUUGCAACUCGGACAGGGGUCGAUAUGUGGUGAAAUGUCGGGGAGCUGAUGAAGGUUGUAAAUGGAGUGUGAGAGCAACAAAGAUAAAUAAUUCUGAAGCGUUCUCGAUUAGAACAUACAAGAAUAUGCAUUCAUGCUCUCGCGUAACUUCAAGUACUAGAAAGAAAAGGAAAGUUACACCAAGAUGUGUUGCAGCUAUAGUGCACAAGGAUUAUCCGGGACUAUAUGAGACACCAAAAGCGAAAAUCCUGGCCGGUCUGGUGCAAAGGAAAGUGGGUGUGGAAGUGUCGUAUACGACAUGUUUGAGAGGAAAAAACUAGCUGUUGCGGAUAUUCGUGGUGAUCCCGAGAAGGGAUAUAGAAUAUUGCCUUCUUAUUUGUAUAUGUUAGAGAAGGCGAACCCGGAUACAAAAACAAGUUUGGUAGUGGAUAAAGACAACCGGUUCAGAUACCUAUUUGUUGCGCUGGGAGCCUCCAUUGAAGGGUUUGAAUACAUGAGGAAAGUCAUCACUGUGGAUGCAACUUUCCUGAAGACUAUUUAAGGUGGUUGUUUAAUUAUUGCCAUGGCUCAGGAUCCAAACCUUCACCAUUAUCCAAUAGCCUUUGUUGUGGUUGAUGGGGAGAAAAACGAAAGCUGGAAGUGGUUUUUCACGACGCUGAAAACUGUUAUACCGGAUUCGACGGAAUUGGUGUUUGUUUCAGACAGAAAUCCAAGUCUGAUAAAAGCUGUUGCUGAAGUGUAUCCGAUGUCUAAACAUGGGUAUUGUAUCUGGCAUAUAUCGCACAAUGUGAAAGGUCAUGUCAAUCAUGGCAGGGACGAGGUUGCACUACUAUUCCGAAAGGUUGCAUGUCUUUAUUCAGAGCCUGAGUUUAAAAAGCAGUAUGACGAUUUUAGGGAGAGGUAUCCAUCGUGUGCUAGGUAUCUUGAUAAAAGUGUCGAAGUCGAACGGUGGGCGAAGUGUCAUUUCCCCGGUGCUAGGUACAACAUAGACACCUCUAAUUGUGCGGAGUCUUUGAAUGCGGUAUUUGAAAAGGCGCGAAGGAUGUCUUUAUUGCCUAUGAUUGAUACAGUUAUUGAGAAAAUGUCUGAGUGGUUCAACAGACAUAGGAAUGAUGCAGCAGAAGGACCAUCAUCUCGAAAAUUGGUUCCUUUGGUGGAGAACAAAUUGCAUAACAGAACACCGAAAGGUUCUAAACUUACAGUGACUCCGCUGAACAUUUUUCAGCUUGAAUACAGUGUUAUUGGAGCAGACGGAAUGACUUAUUCCGUGGAUUUGCAACAUAAAACGUGCAGUUGCAGGAAGUUUGAUAUAGAUAAAUACCCAUGUAGACAUGCAAUAGGCGCUAUCAUUAAGUGUUUGAAGCAUGAUAGACCAUUACAGUUGAGUGACAUGUACGAUUUCAUUUCGAAAUAUUACUUCAUUACACUGUGGGCCAAAGCGUAUCGAAGGACUAUAUAUCCACUCCCUCAUAUAACUCAUUGGAUGGUUCCAAAAGAAGUCGCGGCGGCGAAGUGUCCUCUACCUCCAGACUACAAGAAAAGAAAGGAAAGACAUCAGGAAAAAAGGCAUCCUUCGGCGGGAGAAAGUUGGCCCCGUCCCCGUCCUAAUAAGUAUAUCCCGAAUAGGGGUCUGGCUAGCUAUUUCAACUGCUCGCAGGGAACUGAAGGAACUGAAGGAGCUGAAGGAACUGAAGGAGCUGAAGGAACUGAAGGAGCUGAAGGAACUGAAGGAGCUGAAUGAACUGAAGGAACUGAAGGAAUAGAAGGAACUGAAGGACCUGAAGGGACUCAAGGAACACAAAGCACUCAAGGAACUGAAGGACCUGAAGGAACAGAAGGAACUGAAGUGUUAUAUGAAUGUGAACCUUAGUGAAACCUGAGUAAAGUGAUUUCGUUUUAUGUUUGUAAAACUUGGUGAAACUUUCGUUAUGUAACCUUUCGUUAGUUGAUGAUUUUUAUUACAGUUGCGAUGACAUAACUUAUCCAUGUUCUAGGAUGAUGACGUGACGUAUUCAACAUGUUGUGAAAUCCGAAAAACUUCGAGUGAAAAAAUUAUAAUCUGGAAUACAUUUUCUGUCGAAUGGGAAGGGAAUACAUCAUUGUUAGCUAUAUUUUUUGUAUACACUACCUCGUGGGAUUAGAAAAGUUACAUAUGUCACGAAAUCAAAUUUUAUUCUACAUGAGCACUAAUAGGGAUGUUAACAUGGGUAAUUACCUAUGGGUUGGGUUUUUACCCGUCUAAGAUUUAGUGGGUCAAUCAUGGGUAUUAAUUUUAAAACUCAUAUUUAUGUUGGGUAAAUAUAAAAGGGUAAUGGUGUACCCAUGGGUUUUCAAUUAUAUUAUUAUAUUUUCACCAUUUUUUAAUUAAAUUAUAUAAAAUUUGCAAAAACAUUUUUUCCGUCAAAAUCAAAAAAAAAAAAUUUCCGCCAAAACCGUACAAAUAAAUUAUCUCACAGAAACCAAAAUAUGAGUUUUCACGCCAAAACCGAAAAAUCGAGUUUUCCGCCAAAACCGAAAAAUCGAGUUUUCCGUCAAAACCGAAAAAUCGAGUUUUCACGGCAAAACCGAAAAAUCGAGUUUUUUUGCCGAAAUCGCAUAACUGACUUUUUCCGCCAAAACCAUAAAACCAAGUUUUCCCGUCAACACCGCAAAACCGAGUGUUCCCGUCAAAACCGCAAAACCGAGUUUCCGAUUGAAAACCGUAAAACCGAGUUUUCCCGCCAAAACCGCAAAACCAAGUUUUUUCGCCAAAACCGCAAAUCCCAAUUUUCACGGCAAAAACCGCAAAAUCCAAUUUUCCCGCCAAAAUUGCAAAACUCAAAUUUCCGCCGAAAUCGAAAAAUCGUGUUCUCGCCGAAACCAAAAAACCGAGUUUUCCCGCCGAAACCGUAAGACAGAGUUUUCUCGCCAAAACUGCAAGCAAGUUUUUUCGCCGAAACCGAAAAAACCGAGUUUUCCCGCCGAAACCGAAAAAUCGAGUUUUCCCGCCGAAACCGAAAAACCGAGUUUUCCCGCCGAAACCGAAAAACCGAGUUUUCCCGCCGAAACCGAAAAAUCAAGUUUUCCCGCCGAAACCAAAAAAUCGAGUUUUUCCGCCAAAACUGGAAAAUCAAAAUUUUCUGCCGAAAUCGCAAAACCGACUUUUUCCGCCAAAAUCGAAAACAGGUUUUUCCGCCAAAAUCGUGAACGAGUUUUUACGGUUAAACAAGUUUUUCUAUAAAAUUGCGAAAUCUUGUUUAUAUAUUAAAGCUCACAUUAAUGAUAUUAAUAUUUUACAUGAUUUUUUAAAAAUAAAUAAGAUAAUACUUUGGGUACCCAUGGGUAAACCUAUACCAUAUUGGGUUAUUUUUUGGGUCUGGAUUUCAAGAUUGAUAUUUAUGAGUUUUUGCGGGUUGGGUAUAAACUGGGUUGGGUUAUCUGUGGGUUGGGCUGGGCUGGGUUAUUUUACCCUACCUUAACAUCCCUAAUUAGAGCCAAUGAAGCUGGCCAUCUUCUGGCUGGCGAAGGAGUGAAACUGGAAGAAACUCAGGCUCCUCCCUUUGUUGCAGCAAUGGAAGGUAAAACCUACAUAUUCCAGGUGAGAGUUAGUUCCUACAACUUCAAAGCAAAUCACCAAACCCUUACAAUCUCCUGGUGUAAAACGGGACGAGGUGAAGCGUUUAAAAAGGGAGGCUGCUGAGACAGAAAGGAAUCACAUAGAAGAAUAAGAAGGCCCGAGAGAGAACAGAGCGUCAAGCUGCAGUGAGAGAGAGAGAGAAGCUGCUAGACUGAGAAUAAUGAGGCAAGAACACGCACUUCAUCUUGACGGAUCUGAGAAAGGACCUGAUGCUACACAUGAGUCAGCGGAAGUUGUUUGAUUCUUUGUUGAUGCUAAGAUGAAUUCUCUGUUAUCAUUCAUUCUGACAUGCUUGAAGAAGAUCUGAACAAAGGUUUACAACUUUGGAUCAAUCUUCCAUCUGACGAGAAAAUAAAAUAAACAAACUACCAAAAACUGCUGGUUGUUGACGUACCAAAAGCAAAAGAAAAUGGUGUCCAAGUUGGUCAUCGCAGGGGAACCAAUGGGAAUUCAAUCCCUGUUUUGUACACCAACACUGUUCCUCGAAUUUGCUCUCGAUCCGGGAGCCCAGCUCCACCAUGACGUUCCGGAAUCGUGGAAAGUGUUUGCUUACGUUAUAGAAAGCAGAUCCAUUUUCCGGGUCCUCUGAACGCUUCCUAUGUUUCAGCACUGAACGGUUGUUGUGUUCGGUCAAUGCAAUGAUGGAGUUAGCGUGUGGAAAGAAAUUGAGGUUUGUUAUUAUAGCUGGAGAACCGGUGGUUCAGUACCGUUCAGUAUGACCUCGAAGUGAAUCAUUUUAACAUAAUAUUGAGUCUCUUUUUCACACCUUUGCUGAAGCCGUUAUAUUAUCAUCUCUGUUGAAUUUUCCUGUAAACAAUUUGAAUUUGUUUUGCAAUUACAAAACCAUAAUAUGUCCUUUUUUCUCAAUGCAUAUAUGUCUCAACGUAAUAAAACAUGUUUGAUCUGGUAGACCAAUCAAAGGCAUUUUUUUUAAAAAAAUACUCAAUUAUUUUUUACAAACGAUGAUUUAUGCGUCCAUUAGCCAAAUUUAAACUACCUUUUAAACUACCAAAUAAAAUUACUGUUAAAAUAAUUCAUAUCAUACAUUAUUUAACAACCGUAAGCAAUAGUUUGUUUCGUACGAUUUAAGACUUAACACUUCAUUUUAGCUCAUCUAAAAGUUUAAUUAGAAUCAUAUUACGUUUCAAAGUGUUGUAAUUAUAGAAAUGUAACGAAAUAAAUAAAAAAUUGCAAAAAAUUAAUGUUGAAUAAAAAUUAACAAAGAACAAUAUUUAAACCCAAAUAUAUUAAUUUUUCUGAAAAUAAAAUAAAAUAAAUAAAAUAUAUGAAAUUUUGUACACACACUGUAGGUAUGCUAUAAAUUACCCACUUACUGUUUGCAUUUUGUGUAGAUCCCCUGAGGGAAAUAUUGUAAUUUUUUGAACUUUUAACCUUAAGGAGGGAAGUCCUGAUAAACCUUUAAUUAUGUAACAAGUGCAUGUAUGUCAUUAAAAAAAAUGAAAACCACAACCAACAAAUAUGAUCAAACAAAAAAAAUUUAAAAUUUAGAUUGAGAAUAAAAAAAAAUAACAAAUAUUUCAAACCUGAAUUGCAAACUUCUUAUAAACAAAAGAAAUAAUUGUAUCCAAUAACAAAAUACAAUCAAUAUAGUCAACACAUAAUAAGCUAUAAUCAAUUUUUUGUUUAUCAUUUUAAGUUAGCCAAGAAUAUUUAUUUCAAAAAAUCUAUUCAAUUAUUUUUAUAAAAUGGCUAACUUCAUUUUCAUAUAUAUAGUACAUAUACGAUUCUAACAAAAAUGCAUAUGUAUUAUGUUUCUCAAAAAAGAUCAUGUAUAUGUAUAGAGUAGCAAUAGUUUAACAUUAUGAUAUUAUCUAUUUAUUUAUCUUUAUAUAUUUUUAGUUAUAUGAAUAAGUUAUUUUUUAUAUCGUGAAAAUCAUUAAUUUUUUAAAAAACGUAUAAAGAAAAAAGUUUAUUUUUACAAUUUUAUAAUAAUUAGACAAGUAUAUAAUUUCUAAAAUGAAUAGUUUAAAUUGUUAUAUAAAUUAUGAAGGUUAGUACUAUUUUUUAGUUAAAAGUAAAUUAAACAUGUAACAUAAAUUUAUAUUAUUUGUCUUUUACUCACCCGCCCGUAGGGCAGGUUUAUCCUAGUUUUCAUAUAAAACUGCAUACAUACAUUUGGUCAAAAUAAAUUUAUGGCGAUCAAAAUGGAUAUGAGUAAAGCGUAUGACCGAAUAGAAAGGAAUUUUAUUGAGGCUCUUCUUCACAAAAUGGGUUUUGACCCUCGUUGGAUCAAAUUAAUGCGGGAGUGUAUAUUUUCGGUUCAAUAUAGGAUACUUCUUAAUGGUCAGCCAAGAGGACUGAUAAUUCCUCAGCGUGGAUUACGUCAAGGGGAUCCUUUAUCCCCUUACCUAUUUAUUAUGUGUACUGAGGCUUUAAUAGUGAGUAUAAAGAAGGCAGAGAGACUGAAACAAUUAACGGGUAUGAAGGUAGCAAGAGCUUGUCCGGCAAUACCUCAUCUGUUGUUUGCGGAUGAUAGUCUUUUCUUUUGUCAGGCAAAGAAAGAAGAAUGUCAAACUAUUCUCAGGAUUCUAAAGGAAUACAAGAUUGUCUCAGGACAACAAAUUAACUUUCAGAAAUCUUCAAUUCAAUCUGGGCAUAAGAUUGAAGAAUCUAGUCGUCAAGAAUGGAGGGAUGCUUUAGGAAUUCAAAAUUUAGGAGGAAUAGAAUCUUAUUUGGGAUUGCCGGAAAGUCUGAGAGGAUCUAAGGUACAAGUAUUUGGUUUCGUACAAUCCAUGUUAAAUAACAGUUAAUGGAUGGACGUUUAGAUUUUUUACUAGGGGGGGGGGGAGGGAAGAGGUGAUUAUAAUAUCGGUGGUUACGGCUUUACCAAACCAUGUGAUGUCUGUUUAUAAGUUACCAAAUGCUACGGUAAAAAAGCUGACGAGCACAGUAGCUCAAUUUUGGUGGAGCCCAGGUGGAAGUACAAGAGGUAUGCACUGAAAAUCAUGGGAUAAAUUAUGUGUUCGUAAAGAUAAUGGUGGAUUAGGGUUUAAAAACCUCACAGACUUUAAUACGGCGAUGCUUGAAAAGCAAUUGUCGUGGCUGAUCGAGAAGCCGAAUACUUUUUUUUCUCGAGUCUUUAAAGGACGGUAUUACAGGAAUGCUUCACCUCUGGAACCGAUCCGAUCAUACUCCCCGUCAUAUGGCUGGAGGAGUAUUACUUCUGCUAGAUCUUUGGUUUGUAAAGGACUAAUUAAAAGGAUGGGAACAGGGUUCUGUGUGGAAUGACCCUUGGAUCCCAUCCACUCGCCCGAGACAAGCAAACAAAAACCCUCUUCACUGUUACCCGGAUAUUACUAUGGAUUCUCUCAUUAAUGUGGAAUCUCGAACAUGGAACUUAUCGGUAAUUAGGACUUUGGUGGACCCUGAUGAUGUCAAAAUUAUUGAAAGUAUUCCUUUAAGUAGGAAUCAGAUAUCAGAUAGGAAUGGUUGGCACUUCACUAACAACGGCAGAUAUAUUGUACAAUCUGGGUAUCAAGUGGAAAGAGUCUAUCCAGACAAGGAAAAACCACUGGAAUUUUAUGGACCAACAGUGGAUAUACUUAAAGCCUAUUGCUGGAAAAUAAAGUGUCCUCCAAAGGUAAAGCAUUUUUAACGGAAAUUAAUUUCAGGAUGUAUAGCGGUGAUGAAAAAUUUAAAGGCAAGAGGUAUACAUGGAGACACUUGUUGUGUACGGUGUGGAAAUCAGGAGGAAUCAAUUAACCAUGUUUUCUUUGAAUGUCUCCCAGCACGACAAGUGUGGGCGCUAUCAAAGAUACCAUCAAAUCCAAAUUUCUUUCCUACAAGUUCUUUUUAUGCCAAUAUGGAUCAUCUCUUUUAGAGAGUUAAUCCAAAAAUGGAGGAUCAUCCGUUUGCAUGGAUAAUAUGGUAUAUCUGGAAAAGUCGGAAUAACAAAGUGUUUAGCAACAUUGAUGUUGAUCCGAGGGACACUCUUAAAUUAGCAGAAUUGGAAUCAACACUUUAGGCUGAGGCGCAUGUAUCAAGGAAUCAGAGUUUGGUACAGGAAAUACAGACCAUAUCCACUCAAGUAACUGCAGGAAGAUGGUGUUUUACAGAUGGUUCAUGGAAGGAUAAUGACCAUUUUUCAGGGCAAGGCUGGUAUAGUACUCUCCCGGGUUUUGAUGGUUUGUUAGGGGCAAGAAAUGUACGGGCAUGUCUAUCUCCUCUCCAUUCGGAGUUAGAGGCAUUAAUAUGGGCAAUGGAAUGCAUGAAGAAUUUAAGACAGUUCCAGGUCACGUUUGCUACGGAUUGUUCUCAAUUGGUGAAGAUGGUUUCGGAACCUGAAGAAUGGCCAGUAUUUGAAGGCUACCUGGAAGACAUUAAGCUUAUCAGAAGAAGUUUCCUCAACUCAGAAAUCAUUCAUGUUUCUCGAAUGGCGAACCUCAAGGCGGAUAGCUUAGCACGCAGUGCUAGGAAACAACCGUCUUUCGUCAUACAUAUGGAUGCAGAGUUACCACUUUGGUUUACAGAGUCAACAUGAGUCUGUGAAUGUUUGCUGUCAAAAAAAAACAUUUGGUUUGUAUAACAAUGUUUUUGAUAUUCCACACAAAAUGUAAAUAUUCAACCAUGUAUUUUAAUCUGUGGAAUUUGUAUCCGGAUUUCGUAAAAGAUUUUCAUAACAAACUUCAUACAUACAUAUUUUGUAUAACCACGUUCUUAAAAUGACAAAAAAAAACAUGUUAUUAAUAUUAUUUAGCUGAACAAAAUAUUUUUAAAUACUACUUUUGGAAUGUUAUACUCACAAAAUUUACGAUGCACACAAUCUAAAUCAUUAAUUUUGCAGAAUCUUAAAAUCAAGGACAUUCCAAAUACGAUUCCUAUUUUUAAGCUAUCACAUUAAACAAAUCGAUAUAUGUCUUACUAACACACUUUGCAUACUACUUUCAAACUUUCAAAUGCAAUUUAAAUAAAUAUGGAAAUGUAAAAAUACAUUUCUCAGUGUUACUUCAAAAUAUGAGUAUUCACCUUUCAAAAUGUGUAAAUCACAUUUGACUAAAUAUACGGAUAUUCCUUUUUAAAACAACAUCAUAGCUGUAUGAUAUUUUCUAGUUACCGAUUUAAAUCUCUUAUAUUAACAAACCAUAACUGAUUAAAUGUUUUUAGUUCAGUUCAUUCUUUCCUGAAGCAACACAUCAUCAUUUUGUGGGACCCAUCUCCGUUUUUUCUCAACUUGCGUGCCGUUUUUUGUUACCUCGCGUGACGUUUUCUUCCUGCCUGAAGUUUUGUGUUUUGCAUGGGCUUUAGGUUUUCAUUUCGGCCCGUUUGUUCUUCUAUUAGAGACCAUUCUUUGACUGUUAACAUUCCUGCGAGCCAGAUAUCGAAAUCAAACGCUGCUGCUUCGGCUUCUGCUUCUCCAUUUAUACGCUGAUGGCGACACUCAAUACGAAUCAAAUACCACCAUAGUACUGGGUUUCACCUCCACUGACGUUACCCCUCUGUAUUCUUCGAUGCUCAUCGGCCGUCAGCAAUUGUUGAUACAGAAAAGGUAUCGGAUUUGUCGACGAAAAGGUACAUACUCUACACAUCAACCACAUCUCCCGAUAUUGUUAUGUUUUUCAAGAUUUAUCGAUCCAAACUGUGAAGGCUGCUGAUAUGAGCUUCUCCUGAAGUAUCGCUUCACCUACAGCCUCACAAACUUCUUGGCAACAAAGAACAAGGACAUAAGUCAGCUAUCACCAAUUCACUUUUUUCUUUAGCCACAAGUCUAUAUUGUGAAGACAAAGGAGUACAAAUACAUGUGAGAUAAUUUGCAAGAACAGACUCUAGGAGAUACUGAGAUGGGACUUAAGAGAAACCAUAGAAUAGAGUUAUGCUUCUAGAAAAAGAUGAGGGUAGAACACCGGAUUGGAAAUUGUUGAGGGAACUAAGAGGAGACAUGACUGAGAAUCAAGAUACGGAAGAUGGCUAGAAUGCUGGAUUGGAGAGCGAGUGGAUCCACAUGGAAAUCAAAAUCCAAAAAUUAGACGCCAAUAAUUCAGGUGAAUAGAGAUAAAUAGAGAUGCGAGAGACGUUGCCAACAACUUCGCCAAGAGAAACCAAAGAGAUCAGAGAAAGAAACAGAGGUCAAGUUGAAAAAACAGCAAGGAGGACAGGUACAUAAAAGCUACAGUAGUGAAUAAUAUGUGGUUCAUGGUUUAACAAAACCGCCUCACCUGUGAAAUUAGAUUAAAGAAAUAAAACUAAGAGAAGUGAAAACACUCAACAAUGUUGCUACGUGGAUUAGGUUGCCUGUGUCAAAUUGCCUAUCACUCAACAAUGUUGCUAUUUGGCAAUAAGACAUUAUGUGUCAAAUUGCCUAUCAUUUAAAAUUUGAUGUUCAUUGAUUUUUUAGCUUUGCCGUGUGAAGACUUUGUCAUAAAAGAACUUAUUCCUGCUUCUUCAUAGAGGAAAUAUUGUAUUGCAUCAUCAGAAAAGUAAAGUCCAUAAUGUCUUAUUGCCAAAUAAUAAGUCUGAGUAGCCUCAUCCAAUUAGUGUCCCAAAAACAUCCAUACUAAGCAUGUGUUUAAGUUUUCCAGGGCCCCCGCGCUUGUCUUGCCGUUUAGCUUUACCCAGGGAAGAAGAAAGUAAUGGAAGUUCUUGAGAACUGGGGAGUGCAGUCUGGUUGCAUCACAAAGCUCUACGCAUUGCCACAAAAUUUUUCAAAACCAAUUGAGAUUCUUCAAGUAGAGUGGGUUUGGACGCAGCCUGGGAGUUACAGCGAUGUGGCCUUUACACAUGUUGAGAGAAUGGGUGGCAAUUCAGAAGAAAUAAUUGGUGUUGAUUGCAGAUCUUCACACCAACCUAUCUAAGUCCAGUGACCAGGUGUCCAUAACUCUUUAUUCCUAUUACGGCCAAAAUGUUUAAAUUAAUCAUGUCCUUACUAAUUUUUCUUUUAACCUCCUGUGUGAGAACCAAAAAGCGGACUUCCUGUGUAAACUAUAAAGCUUAGCUCGUCUGCGUCCUGUACCAAAAUGGGUGGUCUUACGUUUCUUGCACCGGUUUAAAUAAAUCCAGGAUUGCAUUGUGCUGCAGCAAAUGUGUAUCACUAAACGUCACUGGUAUCAUAAGGCACCAAUAGUCAUAACUAAUCACAACUCAAGAAAUAUCUAAGUUCAAAUCACAAUUCACACAACACACACCAUGUCUCAAGUAUCGAGUUGAGUUGAUUGUUGACAAUGGACAUGACAGUGCUCCGUAUGUGGUUUUCGACACUGAUAUGAUCCAAACUAAAGGGAACAUGACAGUAUUCACCAAAAAAAAGAUGCAGCCACAUUCAAGGGAACGUUGGCGCCUAUUUACAACAUGAACAUGUAUUGAAACUAAGAUUCUAUGAGUUGGACAAUACAUAUGUAGACUGUAUAAUCAAGUAAACAUGCAUCAAGCGAUAUUUUAAAAAGUUAUAUGAGCUUUAGGAAAUAUUAAAAGGCGAUGCAAGUGUUAUAUAUAACCUUCAAUUUUCUUCAAGAGUAGGACGUAAGAAACAAACAUAAUUAACAAGCCAAUAUCAAGUUUCUACCGUUAGUAUGAGUUGUAACGUGUAUAUAUAAAAGAAUUUUCUCUCAUUUAGUUAUAUACUUCCAAUCUAUCCGCAAGAAACAUGUUCAUAUAUGGUUUUCCCUUUAAAUACAGUUAGUCAAAUUAACUAAAACUGUAUUCACGUGUCCAACAGUAAUUUUGUUUCUUCAACAUAAAACAAAACCAAAGAGCCGAGACUUCGAUUGUGUAACAUCGUCCACCACCGUGACUGUUCAUCCAUACUGUUCAUCUUCCCCCUUGACUCCACCUAUAUAAAUCCUUCGAAUCUAAAUCUCCUCUGGUAGCUUCAUAAUUAAACAAACAAAUCACUCCAUAACACUUCUUAUAUUUUUAAUUAUUGGGUUGUUUUAGUUUGAAGUGACAAUAGAAAACUUCAUCGUCACUUGAAUGAUGUUUUACAUACAUUCAAAAAGGCCUAAUAAGUUUUCUCAUAGAUAAAAUCACUCAGGGCACAUUUAUCCAAACAGAACCGAAAAAGAGAAUUGGUCCGGGUGUAACCAAAACACUUGUAGAACCAAAAAAAUUGGAAUAGAACGGGAAUUGAAUUGAAACUGAAUCAACAACCGAAUGGAUAUCCAAUUUCAAUAAUAUAAUUAAUAUAUUUAUAAAUAUUAAUUAUAUCAGGUUUUUGAACAAUAAAAAUUUUUAAAAUACAAUUUAUAAACUCAAAUAUCCAAAAAAACCCAAAAUACUAUCAUAUAUAAUAGUUUAAAAUUAAUGUCACAUAUAACUGAGAAUAAAUUAUUUUUUUAAGAAAAAAAUUACUUUUGUUUUUAAUGAUAAAAUAAGUAUAUUUUGUAAGUAUUGUGAACAUAAAACGUUAAGUUAUUUUGUUUUUUAAUAAAAUAUUAAAAUAAAAAUCUCAACCAUAAUUUUAAUAUUGAUAUAAAAAAAAAAAAAAAUAUACUUGUAUAUUCCAAUAAAAGAAAUAAUGUAAAAUGACUCCAUAACAAACAAAAAAAAAACAUUUUAUACAUAAAUUAAAAUCAUUUAAGCUAAGAACAAAUGUUAAACUAAAAUAAAAUGGAACAAAACAAUUAGUUAUUAAAACCUAACUGCUUACAACUACAACCAAGACGGAUCCUAUCAUGCAACCAUGGAUUAUACUGUCACCACCAAAAUCCAACCAUCCAUUCACCUUGACACGACGACAGUUUCCAAUCCGGGUUUGUUAUGCAAUGAUAGUAAAUAAAAUCCAAGGAUAGACUUUGUCAAACGUUGCUCUAUACUUGCCUAAAUCAGUCUUCAGCCAUGAUCAGCUAUACGUGGCACUGUCAAGAUUCACUACACCCAAGGGCCUCAAGAUUUUAGACAUGAGCAGAAAUGGGGAGCGAAGAAGGACGAUAGCCAACAACAUGUACAAAGAGGGCCUAUGAUUGUCUGCCACAAUCAAUGAGUAUGUUAUCUACUAUUUCCAGCUAAGCGUAUGACAAAAUUCUAUUGGUUUUGAACUUUAAAAGAAAUCAGAAACCUAGGAAGUCCGCCUGAAACAAUCUAACUGCAAACAAAUCAUAACUCUCAAAAUUUAAGCUUAGAAAAACGAAACCAAGCAAAUUAACAAAUACAACAUCAAAUCAUAAAUCGAAAGCCACGGUUUCAGUUGACAUUUAACUAACCCAGACGAAAAACAAAACUGAACAACCAAAUUAACAUAUUCAAACCUUCUCUCUUGCAAGUCUAACAUCUGACGCCGAUGAAACCGCCCAAGAUCAAUGACUACAUCCGAGACAGACGAAGCUGAUGUAAGCAAAUCUCUCAUCAAUCACACUUAAAAACAAUUUUCGUCAUUCAAUCUCACAAAACGAAAAAUGUUAAAUACCGACCGAAAUCAGAGGAAACUGUGUAGACUUUCCCGACAACGAAAAAAAAAACAGGAGUUUACGACCUAACAGUUUAACUAAGAAUCAGACAAAACUUUAGAUUCAAGGCCUGGUUUUUUGAAUCCCAAACAUUUAAAACCCAGCUUUUACUUUAUCAUUAUAUUGGGCCAUAAAACUAUAUCAAAUUCUAUUUUUUGAUUGAUCUCUUUCAGAUUUUUUUUACCACAAAUCAUUUUUAACAAAGUCCAGUAAAAAAACUAAAAAUAAAUAAUUUUGUAACUAUAUAAUUUUAAAAAUUUUUUGAGUUAUUAAUUUUUUAAAAAAAAAUAUUUUAUGACAAUUCUAUAUUUUUGAAAUUAAUUUUUGGUAAAAUAAGAAAAAUAAUUUAAUUUAUUAUUCAUAUAAAUUGUUAAAUUUUUAAAUCCAAAUUUUAUAUCUUUUUCCUUUCCCUAUUUUAUCUAUAUACUAACAACGACCUAAGUAAACACUAACCAACUCCAUAAACCUCAUCUUUUGUAUAUGAAAACGCUAAUAAUGCUAAUGGUCGAUCAAAUCAUUACGAAGAUAAGAUAUGAAAAUAUCAACACAUAUGAAUUCGUCGGUUAUUCAUAAAUUAACCUAAUCUUGCUGUGUGACUUUCAAUGUUCCAUUCGUCACCAUUAUAGACAACAUGGAAAAACAAAAAUUAAAAAAACAACAAAAUUUCGUACACAAAACUACACAACUUACCCGUCUCCACGCUUGCGCGGGAAUUAUGCCCCUAGUAAAAUUGAAUUGUUAAGUUUCCAAAAUAAAAAAAAUGUUAUUAAUACUUCAGGAUACUUAUGUCUUUUUUAAUCGUACAAAUCACUUUUGAAGGACUUGGCCCAUUUAACUUUUUUGUUAUACGGGUUAAACAUUCUUCCAACCAACACAUGAAGGACUUGGCCCAUUUUGUCGAUUAAUAUGUUUCUUUAUUUAUAUACAAUCAUUAAAAUAUAUUCUUUAAAUAUGUUAUAUUAUAUAUAAAUAUAUAUAUUUAACCAAGCUUAUUUUUAUAUUCAAAUUAGUGGUUGGCCCACCCUACAGACGGGAGAGUUUACACUAAUUGUUUUUUGAAAAUUUACUUUAAAUCAUAAUAGUAAAUAUAAUAUGUUUUUAUUCUUAAAUCAAAUUGUAAAUUUUAUUAAUUUUUUAAGUUUGAUUUGAAAGGACCACUAAUAUUUCUUUUGUUACGUAAUACAAAAUUAUGAAAUUAAAAAGCUAAGAAAAAUCUAAAGUAAGAGCAAUUAAUAUUUUUAUUUUAUUUUUAAGAGCAAAAUUUAAAUACUAUUACAAUAAUUAAUUUCAUCACGAUAAUAAAUUAAUCCAAAUCCAAGCUAAAUCAGUUGAAAAUACAAUAUAAUGUGAUAAAAUCAUAAAAAAGUUAUAUUUUACAGUAAUAUGUAAAUAAUUUCAAUGACGUCAAAAAUAAUAGUUAAUAUAUAUAUUGUUUAACAAUGAAUGAUGUUUUAUAAUAUAUGUUUGUUUCAGUUUAUAUUAUAUUUUCAAUUGAUAAUAAUUUUUUCUUUAAUUUUUAGUGUUUUACUAAUUAUGUUUGUAAAUUAUUAUAACAUUUGUCGAACUUUGUUUUAUAACAAAAUUAUUUGUAGGAAAUUUUGCUCAUGCUAUUUGAAAAUACUUUUAUAGAAAAAAAGUGUUAUAAAUUAAUAAAGUAUUACAUUGGUUCACGUAGUCUAGCCAAAAUAACUUAAAUAUAAUAUAAUAUAUAUACUAUAUUAAAAGGGAUAUAUAAUCAACAGGGAGACUGUCCACGUAGGACAUUAAAAUCAUCCAAUCAAGAGAUCCCUUUUUGACACGUCAUCAAGCCCAGCUCCGUUGCUUUGGUUCUUCUUCACGCCUUUCGCGAUCCGAGAGGCGAUAGAUUCGACGUUUCUUUUUUUCAUUUCUCCAGAUCCCGUUUUGCUAGAUCCAAUCGUGAAACCCUUUGCUUUUCCUCUCUUAAUCCACGUUAUCCGGUGAUCCUGAAAGAAGUGUUAUUCUAUCUCGAAAGAUUCCGAUGAGAUCUAAACGCAGCGAUGGAGGCUUGCCGCAGAAAACCUUGCCGUCGCCGGCUCAACCUCUGUCUGGAACCAGAGAACCGCGGCGGAGGAACAAAGAAGAAACGAGAAGAUCGUGAGAUUCAUAGAACUUUCUCAUGGAUCGUCAACAAAGUACCUCAGCGACAACAAUUGGAGACUAGAGCACGCCGCCCGUGCUUUCUGUGAACACCGCUAUGAUAAACCUGAGAAGAAGUCGAAGCCGGUGCCAUUAUCACACGAUGGUAGUCAUACUGAGCCGUGGUAUCUGCACGGGUUCUAAGGGAAUGAAGGAUCGGCCGAUACGAUGCAUGACGUCUUCAGUAAAGUGCCGCCGUUUCGUAAUACCUCGACGAAUGUCAGAAUCGGGAGCCCUCCUUCUGCUAGGUCAUCGUUUCUUCAUUUACGGUUUAGCGUAUCUUUCUGUUUUUGAUUUAUGGUUUAACGUGUCUUUGUGUGUUCUUGAUAUAGGGUUUAGCGUACAUUAGUGUUCUUGAUUUAGGGUGCUUUUGUCUUCUGAUAGUGUUUUGUUCUGUCUUUUAUAUGAUCAAAAAAAUUUUAGUGGUAUGGCUGUUGACCAAGAUUCAAGCAGAGUCACCUAUAGUGGAGGUAGUAACCGUCUCUUUCUCUUCUCUCUUCACACUAUAAACUACUGUCUUUGCUAUUUAUCUAUAUUUUUUGUUUGCUAAACAUAAACUUAGCAAACAACCUAUUGUCUCUUGCUGCUCUUUCUUUGAGCUGCCGAGAAUGGAACUCAAUGUUGAUGUAUACACUGCUUUCAAUAUAGUCUUUCAUAAAUUCAGAGGUUUUAUACCAAAAGAAAUUGUCUUAAAACGGAACUUUUGGGGUUGGAUACCAUGAUCGAAACUGAGACCUUUUCCUCUUCUUUGAUAUCAUUACUCAUUAGGUUGUUUGAUUUCUGAGCAAUCCAGACUUCUUUGAACGUGUUUACACUUUAUAAACAGAGAGAUCAUGCAGAUUAAGGAAGCAAUUGGCAUCCAAACAACUUUGAGUAGGCAUUAACUGUUGUAAGUGAACUUUGAUUUUUAUAUAUACGUUGAUUGGUAUACUAUAAUGAUUCAAUGUUUUUUAGAUGCCAAUAUCUAAGAUUGUGUUUGCCUCUUGGCCCUUGAUCGUACAGUUUAACCAAUAUCUGAGAACGUGAAUCAGGUAGGAAGGCAUUGCUACAUCUCAAUAAGGAGAAAGUCAUUGUCUGUUAUGAGGGUUCAAUGCAUGAUAGUUUUGGAGACAAGGACAACUGUGUUUCAAAAAGAACAAUAACAAAGACACACGAAUCUUGAUACUUUCAGAGUGAAACCCAUCGUGAAGAUGCUAUUAGGUGCGAAUCACGCAAGGUUCAUGCAGAAAUUAGGACAAGAGUCAUGGAAAGAAGAAGAAGAAGAGGAUCAAGAUAUUGGAGCAAAUAAAGUGUUCAA